UUCCCGCGGCGGAAGGGGCGUGGCCCGGGCCGGAAGCGGCGGGCGGGCGGCGGCGGCGGCGCUGGUGCCGCUCCCGGUCCCUGUCGCUGUGCCGGUCCCGUCCCGGUCCGGUCAUGUCGGGCCGCUGCUGCCACGGGCAGACGCCCAGCCGUGACAUCCCGGGCCCCGGGAAAUGCCUCGCCCUGCCCGACGGGGCCCCGCUGCCGCCCGGCGACUACAGCACCACACCGGGGGGCACCGUGUUCGGGACCACGCCGGGCGGUACCAGGAUUAUUUAUGACAGGAAGUUUUUGAUGGAAUGCCGCAAUUCUCCGGGUGCCAAAACCCCUCCCUCCGACCUUCCUGACAUUCCAGGAGUCACCAGCCCCAGCGUGGAGGAGCUGAAGGUGGAAAAUCACCACGUCCAGAGCUGUGAGGAGAAAGUGAGCGCAGCAGGUGAGGAAGAGCAGUUUGACAUGGACAUCUAAACACACCUGCCUGGAGUGAUCCAGUGAAGCAGCAGGACUGGUCUGGAGGAUUCUCACCAGCAGCCAUGCCUUGAGUGCCUUCCUGCUCUGGGAAAGGCAGAUUAUUCCCUCAGGAGAGCAGGGUUUGUCCUGUUCCAGGGGCCAGGCCAGGGGUGCUGCAGGGGAAACUCUGCCCCCCCUUGGUUCUGGUUCCAGUUCUAUGCUUUUUGUUAAUCAUUUUAAUACUGUAACAGUAACGGAAAUGCAAUCGAAGGGAGAAAUAAAAAUCACGUGGAGUCUCCUGGUGUGGAGAUCAAUGCAAUAAAUGUGA